AUGGACAAAACGACAACACCCACGAACACCUCCCGAAGGCCCAGCAAGAAUAAGGGCCGAUGCAGAAGAUUUUGCAAAUUAAUAAUUAAGACCAUUGUUUUCGUUACUUGCAAAUACCCGCUGCGACUGGUCAAGCAUGGAGCCCUGAAUAUUCUGGACUGGAUCCAGUCGUUGGGGCGUUCGAUCUGGAGAUGCGUCCAAAUCACGGACAUGUGGAUCCUCCCUCGUCCGCGCCUACGUAGUUGGUGGGAGGAUCCGACGGGGCACAUUACAAUGUUGAUGGUGUUCGUAUUGCAAGCAUUGAAAGUCUUUGGGUACGGCGUUGGGUGUACGGUCGGCAAAGAUUGUGUUAUUCACAUGUUCACUCUGCUGCUGGUCAUCAUGGCGAUACAGUUGGUGGCGAGGGUGGCCACUGAUCGGUUGCGUACCGGACGCACCAGGUGGUUUGGGACCGCGUGGGAGGAAAAUCGGGCGCUAUCACGCAGGUUGGUGGAGAAAACGAAAGACGUGGACAUAGAAGCGCUAGUUGAAGAAGCGGACACCAAAGAAGGGGAUACGAAAGAAGCAGACACGGAAGAAGCGGAGGGGAACGUGCUAGAACAGACGGAAGCGGACGUGCCGCCCGAGAAAGAGGAUGGAUACGAGUCCACCAAAGUCGACACCGAUAUAGAAGGAGAGUUGAAAGCUGAUGCACCACCCGAGGAGGAGGUUGGAUACCAAUUCACCAAAGUUGACAGCGAUUUGGAAGAUGAGCUCCGAAGGAAGAAGAAGCCCUGGCGAACGAUUCUCCUAGAGGCUCAACGGAAGAAAGAUAAAAGUACUCGGAAGCUCGGUCCGACGGAUGCGCCUAAGCAGCCUAGAGGAGCCGUCAUGGGCGAUGUCGACAAUAGAGCAAACACCCAGCGAGCUUUAGAGGCGGCAUUGAAGAGGAAGUUUGGGAAGUCGUCCCAACCGAUAUCAAAGGCGACAAUAGAGAAGGCCGUGAAAAAAACAUUCGGGGAGCUUCAGCUGUCGGAGGAGAAGACGGCGAUAGAGAAGGCACUGAAGAAGACUUUUGGAACCGAGGGGAAAUCCGAGUCCGAGACUAUUGUGGUGACGGAACACGAGGAUGAGGAGAACACGGAGCCGACAGAGGCGGAAGAGGAGGCGGAGGAGGAGUAG